AUGUAUGCUCAUGUUGUGUCGUGGACUUCAUUUCUGCAUGUAUUCUUCUGUCUUCUUUCUCUCUUUCGCACCCUUUUUUGUUUGUUUGUUUGUUUUUCUUUCCACAUCGCCAUUUCUCUGUACUUAAACGCACGGGAAGAGAAGAAGCAAGUGGUGUUGCUGAUUGUUGUUGUUUUUUUUUUUCCUUUACUUUGCGUGUAUUUAGAAGAGGAGAUGCUGCGUCGUCUUGUUAGUAGUCAUGGCUGUAGCAACGGUGGUGGUACUAGCGGCGGCCGAUGUGUCCGCCCCGUCAAGGAGGAGCCGCCUGUUUUUUCCUCCCUUGUGUUACAGAGGCGUUUCUCUUUCAAAUACGCCACGAAGUUGCAACAUGAUGAAAUGCGGCAGCCGUUUUAUAUCCAUGAAAAGAGGCAUGGCAUUUUUAGUAACGAAAAAAAUAUCAAGAAGUCAAGACGCGGUUUACCUUUUAUCACCCCACUCUACACACGCCAUAUGAACCUGUGGGAAACCGACACGGACGCAUCGAACAAUCGUUUCUUUCGCGGAUACGUCUUUGGUCAGCGGGAACUGCAUCAACUUCUCGGUCGUCCACACGGGUUUGAGGCGAACAACACGGACGGCAGCAAUGAUAUCUCUGCCUAUGAAAUGACCACCGACCAGCGAUAUAAGGGUAUACCGCGUCCGGCGAUAACAAACCUGCACUAUGAGCCGGAGUGGAACUACACACUCUAUCGUGCCGGGACACACGGGUCGCAGCUUUCGAAUCCCCGCAGCCCGCUCACGGCAGAGGUUCUCGGCGAUGAGUUGAUGAAAAUACGCGACAUUAAAAGCUUUGAUCACUGUAAGGCGUGGUUUGAUCGCCUACAGUACCUCAUUAAGCUUCACUACGACGCGGUAGGGGACAUUGGAGAAUUUAAGUCCCGCCAUACGCAACAUGUUCACGAGUUUUUUGUGGCCUUUCAUGAUGCCUUAAGCAGCUUUGACUUUGGCGACUCGUACUUGUUUGAGCAGUUUCAUGCCGCGCGUCCGAGCGAGUUGACGGACCUCUUUGGCAUCUUUCUUGAGAUGGAGUCAAACUAUGUGCACGAGGACUACUGCCCACGCUGUAGUCUACCAUACAGCACAACACGUUACUGUGGUGAGGGCGACGCGAACACGCCAUUCCGGAAACACCGUGGACGGUGGGCACCGCAUCAACGAUGGGGACGUGAAUGGUACGCCGUUGUGGCACGCCGUGCGGAGGCACUGUGGUACCGCGCAACAGAAGACCCAUACUUUGGCACGCCCCAACACACUCAACGUCAAACGGAGGCCUUGUUGCGUGUAUACGUACAGACGAAGCAACGAGGGAAAGCAAUUGACUUUAUGAACGCGUUACGAGGGAGCAAAGAGUUCUUGCUGGGAUCCAUAUGCAUCACACCCGAAAUGCAGGAGUCGUAUGACCGUCUGCUUGAUACGACGCCCCAUCCACAUCUCCUUACAAAUGGCUUCACGUUGGAAAGUAACGCGGCAAAGUACACAGGCGAAGUGCAGAAGGUGCCUUUUUCACCAUUGCAGUUUCGUAUUGACAUGGAGAUGAACAAGUACAGACGACAACAAAAGGAGGAAGGGGCGGUGCGUGUGCCGCCCGCCAUGUGGCGAAUUGACACCUCCGCAAUCGUUCCGUACAAGGUGGAUCCAAAGACAAAGCGCGUCAUCAAUUGGCGUGAGGUGAAGGAAGGCAUUGAAAAGUCUUUCUUAUCGACAGGACUUCCAAAGGAGGCGUACACAGGUAGCGAGUGGCGGGAGAUGCUGCAUCUGAAGUCCAUCAUUGCAGGCCGCGCAGCCAAGGCGGCAGAACUAGAACGAAGGCUCCAUACAGACAAGGUCAAACUGCUGGAAGUUGCAUCUAAAAGUAAAAUCGCCUCGGAGACUAAUACUAGUACUAGUAGUAGUAUUAUAUUUCCAGAUAAGGACGGUUAUCAUGUCUUUGACACGAGUGUGGCGUCACUGCGACCUUUUGGAGUCAGUCAGUCAGGUGCUGUGUUUCAGUCUGUCACGCAUACAUAUCCCUCGCCCCAUGCUGUGCCAUACAAUGACCCAGUGCAUGGUAAACAAUUUAUUCUUGAUACAACAAAUGAGUCGUGUCACCUCUUUGGUGGGUUUGAACAUGGUGAUCGUCUUCUGAUUCGUGCAAGGAAGAGUGAUGAGAAUGAUAACAAUCCGAACAGCGUCCUGGCGGUAAAAGGAAACGAGUUUGAGGUUAUUGUACUGGGAGUAAGUAAAGAGGGCAGUGACUCGGAGUGGCAACUUUGUGCGAUGCAUGUUGAUCCAGCACUACAACGGGAACAUGGAAUUGUUUUUCUUGGCACGGAUUGUGUCGAGAUCCAUGAGCGGUGGGCAUCUGUGCGUUACGCCGCUGCCGCGCCACAUGUGAAGGGACGUGUGACACUGUUGGAGGAACGGCGUACCGCACGUGAAGAGUCUCUUGGACAAAUUGUCGGCGUUCGUGACGGUGUCUUAUUUGUACAGUGGCGCUUACUUCGAGGUGGUGGUAGUGAAAUGGACCGCAGCGUCGCCGAGCCCAUUGGGACGGUAGAGCAUGUACGGAAUACGUACCAAAUCACCGAGCAGGGCGUGGAGGAGUUAAUGCAUCCUCCCUCGUGGCGUACACCGUUUCGUAACGACUUUGCGGAAGAAAGACUGGAGGAACUCAGGCAGGCGCCUUUUAAACGGGAGAAUUGGGUGUCCCUCAUCCAGGGACGCUACACACCGAAGCAUAAACGAUUUGGAUACACGCAGCACACCACGAUGGAUGACUUUGAGACGAAGGAGUACAAAGAUCGCCUGCUCUCAAAGCAGUUUUUUCAUAACCCGCAGGCCUUUGAAGUCAUCCCAGACCGUCGCGAUCGGGCCGUGACGUUCGGGGGAAAAUGGGAGUAUCAACGCACGCAUGGCCUCCC